GAAGCUGUGCUACUGCUCAAAGCCUCCUGCAAGUGACCCUGCACAUCAGGACAAAAGUGAACUUGAUUGUAAAAGGAGCAGGAGACUCAGGGACACAUCAUGGAUCUGAGGGAAUACAGAGAAAGAGGAAAGGAGAUGGUGGAUUACAUUUUCCAGUAUCUGAGCACUGUGAGGGAGAGACGGGUUACACCUGACGUGCAGCCAGGUUACAUGAGAAGCCAGCUGCCUGACAAUGCCCCUGUGGAGCCAGACAGCUGGGAUACCAUCUUUGGAGACAUUGAGAAGAUCAUUAUGCCUGGGGUCGUCCACUGGCAGAGUCCCCAUAUGCAUGCCUAUUUUCCAGCUCUGACCUCCUGGCCAUCUCUGUUAGGAGACAUGUUAGCAGAUGCUAUUAAUUGCUUAGGAUUCACCUGGGCCUCCAGCCCAGCCUGCACUGAGCUCGAAAUGAAUGUCAUGGAUUGGCUGGCAAAAAUGUUGGGACUCCCCGAGCACUUCCUCCACCACCACCCAAGCAGCCAGGGAGGAGGUGUCUUACAGAGUACAGUCAGUGAAUCCACCUUAGUAGCUUUGCUAGCAGCCAGAAAAAACAAAAUCCUGGGCAUGAAAGUGUCUGAGCCAGAUGUGGACGAAUCUUCCCUGAACUCUCGGCUUGUUGCUUAUGCCUCAGACCAGGCCCAUUCUUCUGUUGAAAAGGCUGGUCUGAUUUCACUUGUGAAGAUGAAAUUCCUGCCUGUGGAUAAAAAUUUCUCUCUCCGUGGUGAAACCCUUCAGAAAGCGAUUGAAGAGGACAGGAAACAGGGCCUGGUGCCUGUUUUUGUGUGUGCUACCUUAGGGACCACUGGUGUCUGUGCAUUUGACUGCUUGGCAGAGCUGGGGCCUAUUUGUGCUAGUGAGGGCCUAUGGCUCCAUGUUGACGCUGCAUAUGCAGGAACUGCUUUCCUCUGCCCUGAAUUCCGAGUGUUUUUGAAGGGUGUUGAGCACGCUGAUUCGUUUACUUUCAAUCCUUCCAAAUGGAUGAUGGUUCACUUUGACUGUACUGGUUUCUGGGUCAAAGACAAGUUAAAGCUGCAGCAGACCUUCAGUGUGAAUCCUGUCUACCUCAGGCAUGCCAAUUCGGGAGCAGCCACGGACUUUAUGCACUGGCAGAUUCCUCUGAGCCGGCGAUUUCGUUCUAUCAAACUGUGGUUUGUGAUCCGUUCCUUUGGAGUGAAGAAUCUCCAAGCCCACGUCAGACAUGGUACUGAAAUGGCCAAAUACUUUGAGUCUUUGGUCAGAAAUGACCCUCUCUUUGAAAUUCCUGCCAAAAGACACCUUGGCUUGGUGGUGUUUCGCUUAAAGGGUCCUAAUUGUCUAACCGAAAGGGUGUUAAAAGAACUUGUUAAAUCUGGAUGCCUUUUCCUCAUCCCAGCCAUCAUCCAGGACAAGUUUAUUAUCCGCUUCACUGUGACCUCGCAGUUUACCACCAAGGAGGAUAUUCUGCGAGACUGGAACCUCAUCCGAGAUGCUGCCACGCACAUCCUGAGCCAACACUGCACAUCUCAGCCUACUCCUCAGAAUGGAAACAGCAUCACGGGUGCCAGUGGCCUCAGGGCUGUGGUCAAUGAUGCCCCCUCAAGCACAGGGGAACGUGGAGAAGACCCGUCAGGGUCCAGGAAGAUUGUGGUACAGCCCCAGCGGACGGGAGUGAGGUCUGUGAGAAGAGAAGUUAGCCAACCUCUUGACAAUCAGGCGGAUCCCCUUGAUGACUGCUUUUCGGAGGAGGGUCCUGAGAUCUCUAAGCGUAAGGUAUCAUCCUUCUUGUUCAGCUACUUGUCUGUUCAGAGUAAGAAGACUGUCCGUUCCCUCAGCUGCAACAGCGUGCCGAUGGGUGGCGCUCGAGAGCCGCUGGGUCAGAAGCAAGGGCCGGCUGAAGCCCGGAAGAGCGGGGGCUCUGCCCGGGUUAAGCUCCUAUCGAGGUUUCCCGAAGAGAUGAUGAUGCUGAAGAAAAGUGCCUUCAAAAGGCUGAUCAAGUUUUACAGUGUUCCCAGCUUUCCUGAAUGCAGCGUCCAGUGCGGGAUCCAGCUGCCCUGCUGCCCCUUGCAAGCCAUCGUUUAAAGCCAGUCCAUUGGCAUCAGUCCCUUCCAGACAGCCCGGCAGAGGGAGGAGGAGGAGGGCCGAGGUGAACUUCUUUAGGCAGUCUCCCCCAGCUUCUGUGAUUCAGCUUGUGACAUGAGAUCUCAUGUGGAAAUAAACUGUGCUUGUCCCUGAAGUAAAGCAGUUUCUUUUGUGACUUUAUUGAUUCCUGGAACUGAGCUAAGCCCAUAGAAACUCUCAUUUCCAGGCUCUUUUGGGUUUAUGUUUCCCUUUCAGAAAAUGUGCAAGUGUUUGAGUAUGCACUGUGUAAGUAGCACACUUACUCUAGCAAUGCCCCUUCUAGAUUUCCCUCUAGAUCUAUGUGAAUUGGAUGUAUGGUAGACAUCUUAAACUCAACAUGU